CACAUCGGAUUCGGGCUCAUUGGGACGUUGCAUUGCUCGCUGGCCCCCCUGCGCAAUUGUAGAGCAUCGACGUAGGUGGAAUUAGUUGUUCUUAUGGUUAAAUAUCAAAUCAGAUCCUUUCAGGCACUUUAUACUGCCAUCUCACACCGCUAUUUAAUAUUUCCGGGAAAUCAACAACAAAAAAGGCUCUCGCAGUAUGUAUCCGCUCCAUUGCGCUAAUUUGGUUCGAUAUCGACAUAGCUAUUUAACGGCUAAAAUGAACUCGUUACAGUAACCACACCUUUAUUUCCUUUCAAUACAUAUUGCUAUGUCGGGGCGGCGUCUCCUCGACGCUCUCAUCAUCCUCAAUGCCUCCCGAGGUGUCGCCGGUAGGCACGUUUCCCAUCAAAGGCGGAAGUUAGAUCUGUAUCUUCGCACGUCUUCCUUGACCAGGGAGGCCAAAUUACAACUUGAUGAUAUUUCCCUUGGGCUCCGGGCGGCCUCAGAACUGGCGCGCAAGUUUGAUGACUCCCCACAGCAGCAACCGGCUGAAACUGUUUCCACCGAGCGGAGUGGCGGCCGUGGGACUGAACAUGAACAGAGUGACGUGGAUGUUUCGACGGAGAAGAGAGCAAAAGAUUUUGCCAGAAAAAUAGAUAUAGACCAAGGGGUAGAGAGCACAUCGGGGGAACAACUUUCGCGGGAGCAAUUGAACCCACAAAACACAACGAAAAAAUCUUCAGGGCACAUAUCAAGCGCUGUGCCAGAAGAGCCACAGCAAUCCAUUGAGUUGAAACGGUCACCUACGCUUGCCGAAUCUACUGAAGAUACAGUUCUUCGUGACUCAACGACGGCUACUUCCAGCAAUGAGCCCUCUGAGGCUAUCAUGCAGCAGCUAUUCCGAAGCCCAAGGGUGGCAAAUAAGCUGACGAAUGGCAGCAGAUAUGGUGUAAAACAACGUAAUAUAGAGCCUACUAAAAUUGAUAGAUCGUCCGUCAUAAAUUCUUCACCACUAUCCGAUAGAUUAAAUACGCCGACAAUUGAAACCGCCGUAUCAUCUAAAUCGUCCGAGCUCUCCACAUCCCCAGAUGCAGAGAAAGAGGACAUGAGGGCAUUGGGAGCUGAGCUUGCGCAUGAUACCGCGACCUCUCAGGCGUCACAAGAUGUACUUGGUCAAUCGCCAACUCCUGCCUAUCAGAUGGUGGAAUCCCGGGUUCCUUCAACCCGUUUAGGCAGACUGUGGGAAUAUGGAGGACUAGCCACCUCUAUGGUCUUCGGUAUCGCUGGGCAGAGCAUUCGUCGCGCAACCGUUGGCGUUGACUCUAGCAGUGACUCUUUGAUAUUCAGCCCAGAGAAUGUCGAGCGACUCGUGGCCAAACUGUCAAAAAUGAGGGGUGCGGCCCUCAAGCUAGGGCAAUUGCUGAGUUUUCAAGAUGCGAAAAUGCUUCCGCCGGCUAUUCACCAAGUCCUUCAACGGGUCCAAGACAAAGCAAAUUAUAUGCCAGCAAAACAAAGGGACCGUGUUCUUGUAAACAAUCUAGGCGAGAACUGGCGGAAUUUAUUUGAGUCCUUUGACGAGCUCCCCAUGGCCGCUGCUUCCAUAGGUCAGGUACAUAGAGCAGUGCUAAAAGAGACGGGUAAACCAGUUGCCGUCAAAAUUCAAUAUCCGGGGGUUGCAAACUCCAUCGACUCUGACCUUAGUAAUCUCUCCAUUCUGUUAACCGCUUCACGCUUACUGCCCAAAGGGCUAUUCCUCGACAAAACCAUCGCCAAUGCCCGCACUGAGCUAGCUUGGGAGUGCGAUUACAUACGAGAGGCCGAAUGCGGCCAACGGUUCCUCUCGCUCCUCCAGGACGACACAGGAACAUUUAUGGUCCCGGCAAUUAUCCACUCUGCCUCCGGCAAGCAAGUCCUCACCAUGGAAUACCUAGAGGGCAUCCCCGUUACCCGCGUCCAAAAUUUCACCCAAGCCCAACGCGAUUGGAUAGGCACGCAAAUCUUGCGGCUUUCCCUACGUGAAAUCUGCGAAUUUCGGUUCAUGCAGACGGAUCCCAAUUGGACUAACUUCCUCUACAACUCGUCGACGAACAAACUCGAGCUUCUCGACUUUGGCGCCUCACGAGACUACCCUGCCUCUUUCAUCUCCAGCUACCUCCGUAUCCUCCAGGCUGCUUCCCGCAAUGACCGUGAAACUUGCCGCGACCUCUCUAUCAAACUGGGCUACCUGACUGGCUUCGAAUCUCCUGCUAUGGUCAACGCGCAUAUCACAUCUAUACUCACGCUGUCAGAACCCUUCAUGGCCUCAUCGCCCGACGUCUAUGACUUUAGUGACCAGACCAUCACGGACCGAGUGCGGGAUAUGAUUCCGCUGAUGCUCCGUGAGCGACUUGCGCCACCCCCAGAGGAAACGUAUAGUCUGCAUAGGAAGCUUAGUGGGGCUUUCUUACUGUGCGCUAGAUUAGGGAGUCGGGUGCGGUGUAAGGAGUUGUUUGAGAAUGCGCUAGAGAAGGUGGAAUGGGUAGAUGAGGAUGAGAUGUCCGUGGGCGAGGGUGAGGAGCUAGUUGAUGGGUUGAGGAAGGUGACCAUGGCUGGAUGAGGUGUACUACUUUUGGUUUAGAUUUGGAUAUACUGUACGAUAUUAUUAGGAAGUGUCUUAGCCAUAUGUACCAAUAGCAAGUUCCGUUUCCAAGCUUCAUUUCCAUUUCGAUCAAGUGGCAUGUUUUGGGCGAUGUCUUUAUUCUUCAAACCCUAACUAAUAACCACAGGUCUCACCAUAUUCGGCAAGAAGGUGAUGAGAAACCCAUACCACAGCAGAAAAGCGACUGGGAACAUGAGCCCAUUCCCUCGCCCAACUCGAAGAAAUACCGUCUCAUGGCACCUUCGUCGUUUCUUUGACGCUCCAUGUUUCCUUCCCAACAUCGACCGUUCUGUCAAUCAAACGAAGGUUGAGUUUUCGGAUGCCUCCUUUCGACACAAACUCAUCAUAUUCGCCCAUCAGGGACCUCUAUCCCAGGUGCUUAUUUAGGCAGCAUUGAAGUAUAAACUUGCAACCAUGCUGUCCGGUCUCACUGCAAACAGUUAUCUGCAAUACAAAGCAGAUACCGAUACUGUAACUUCAUGGCUAGUAACAACGGCGACGGAACGCGUCUAUACCCAAGAAAUAAGAGCAGCCAAUGUCUAAGGCUCGUGGGACAGAGGAAGAGGUAACACCUGAGGCUGGGGACAGAUAUGGCUCCUAAAUUCCUCCUCGCUUUCUUCCAAUCAAAGAUUAUCCCCUUCUGGCAGACUGUCUCGCGGCUGCUAUUGAUCCUCUUGUCGCUCCACGGAAAUUUUGUGAAAACCCUUGAUAGCGUUAUUGCCACUCGAUGCGAAUUUGAAGGGGAAUAUUUUCUCGUGUCCCCAGCGACGAAGAAUCCAACGCAUUUGAUGACGGGCAAAUGUAUUUCAUUAGGGUGCUAGAACAUGUGCGGGAAUGUAAGGGGGCAUUAGAUAAAACUUUCAAAUUUGAGUCUGUUUCUCUCAUGACCAACACCGCGAUUGAUAUCGCGAGGCAAGCCUGUGAAGAUGCUGAACCGCUCAUUAAGCACAAGAAUUGGAUUUGGAUCUCAAUCAAUGAAUGCGCGCCUACUCAUUUAUUAUUUUUCUACUCGCAAUAUAAUCCUCCAAUCUCAAUUCAAUUUUACAUGGUGACAUUCCUCACUCAGAUUUCUGCUUAAUUGACCAUCACACAUUAAGCCCGUGGGUGUUCUUCUCCUACUUAACUAAUCUAGUUACAUAGAUAGUAUUAUUGCCCGGAUAUAACGAACUUAGGCCAUCAACACUGCUUA